AAAUAUUGGAGAAUAUUCAAGAACAUUCUAAAUAUGAUAUUUCAACAUAACGUGCAAAAUAACGAAUAAUUUCCCAUGGGAUAUGUUGAAUGACCUUGUUUUACAUGAAUAAUCAGUGUAAGAACGGUCUCGAAUAAUCGAGAAAAUUGUGUAUCCCUUUAAAUGCGAUCUCAAACAUUUCAAGCGGUCGUCGUCCUUAUCGUCAUCCUUUUCGUCAAAUAUCAAUAAUUCUGAUGAUCGCUACGCUACUGUUAUGAAUAAUAACUUGAAAUUGUUUGCUCAUUGGAUUGGUUGCUCGACCUACGUGUAACGUAGUAGUUCAGGAUGAAACGACGACUAAAUGUACCACCACAAAGUCAUCAACUGCAUCAACUCCUAUUACAGAAGCACCGACGGGUCCUUGGACAGCGUUUAGAAUUUCGCACGAUCAUUUACCUAUCUCAUAUAAUAUUGAUAUUCGCCCUGUACUCGAAAUGAAUGCUGAUGGAAAAUAUAUGUUUUAUGGAACAUCGAGCGUAACGUUUAGCUGUGAAACAGCAACGAAAUACAUCAUUUUGCAUAGCAGAAAAUUGAUUUAUACACAAUCUCAAGUUACUUUGACUGAGAACGGAAAUAACAUCCCAAUGAAAAGUAUGAUGUAUUAUAAACCAAAUGAAUUCAUGGUAUUCAAAAGUGAAAAUCUUUGUGAAGUUGCGAAGUUACACGAUAUCAUCAUCAAAAUUGCAACACAGAGAGUGCCACAUUCAUAAUAAAUAACUUAAACAUUGCCAUAAUAUGCUGAAACAAUGUGUUUGCAUUUUAGAAAAUUGAUUUAUACACAAUCUCAAGUUACUUUGACUGAGAACGGAAAUAACAUCCCAAUGAAAAGUAUGAUGUAUUAUAAACCAAAUGAAUUUAUGGUAUUCGAAAGUGAAAAUCUUUGCGAAGUUGGUAAAAUUUACACGCUGACGGUUACAAACUAUGAGUCAGAACUUUCUGAUGAUCUAAGAGGAAUAUACCGUAGUGAGUAUAACAACCCAGCUGGAGAACUCAGGGUAGUGGCCGUGAGCCAAAUGGAGACCACAGGAGCUCGUGAGACUUUUCCGUGUUUUGACGAACCUGGAUUUAAAGCUAAUUUUACCAUUACUUUGUGGCACAAAGCCAAUUCUGGUUAUUUUGCGGUGUCAAACAUGCCUGAAUUAUCGCAUAAGUUGGAAACAAUCGAUGGAGAUCUAUGGAAUUCAACAACAUUUGCUGAGACAGUUCCGAUGUCAACUUAUCUUCUUGCUCUUGUGGUCUGCGACUUUUCGUACGUUGAAACGAAGAGCGUCUCAGGUGUCAAGACAAGAACAUAUGCAAGACCCGCAGCUGUAGACAAUGGUGAAGCUGAAUAUGCCUCAAUAAUUACACCGAGAAUUCUUGAAUUUUUCCAAGACUACUUUUCUGUUCCCUACCCUCUGCCUAAAUCUGAUCAAGCAGCGGCCCCUGAUUUUGGAGCUGGUGCCAUGGAAAAUUGGGGACUUGUUUUAUAUCGGGAUGUUUAUCUUCUUUAUGAUGAAGAAACGUCGUCAGUUUUUGACAAACAAACUGUCACACGAAUCAUUAGUCAUGAAAUUGGCCACCAGUGGUUUGGUAAUCUUGUUAGUCCCGUAUGGUGGGAUGAUAUUUGGUUGAACGAAGGCUUUGCUUCUUAUUUGGAAUAUAUCGGUCAGGUGAAUGUACAACCUGCGUGGAAAGCGAAUGAGCUGUUUGUUUCUGAUGAUAUGCAAAUUGCACUUGAUGUAGAUGCAGUAGUAUCGUCUCAUCCUCUAGUUUCUCCAGUUAAUAGUUUGGCCAAAAUAUCAGCUCAAUUUGACCACAUUAGUUAUGAAAAGGGAGCAAGUAUACUUCGUAUGAUAAAUUCUUUCAUGGGAGAAGAAAAUUUUGUUACUGGACUUACGAAUUAUCUCAACGAACUCGCCUACCAAGCUGCAACACAUGGUGAUCUUUUCAGAUUUUGGCAAGAACAAGCAGAUAUAGCAGGUCUUAAGUUCCCUACCACACUGACCAUCAUAUUAGAGACAUGGACAUUGCAAAUGGGACAUCCUGUUGUUAAUGUCCGAAAGACGACAACUAACACGUAUCAAGUCACACAAGAGUAUUUCUUAUUCGAUAACAAUGCAACUGUAGUACAUACGCCAGGAAGUGAAACAUAUGGAUAUAAGUGGUAUAUCCCUUUCACUUAUAAAACUUUCAAUCAAAUUGGAACAGACAACAUGGAAGAAACUUGGUUGGAACCAAAUCAACCACCAUUGGAAAUCACUGAAAGUGAGUUUAUUUUGGCGAAUAUUAAUGCUUUUGGAUUUUAUCGAGUGAAUUAUGAUGAGGACACGUGGAAUAAAAUCAUUGCAAAACUUGUCUCUGCAUCUUUCGAAGAAAUACCAGAACGAAGUCGUGCACAGAUGAUGAGCGAUGUUUUCAAUUUGGCCAGGCCUGGGCGCUUGGAUAUAACAUAUGGAAUGAAUCUCUCAAAGUAUAUGAUUCAAGAACAAGAAUUUGUUCCAUGGAAAGUUUUUAUGCAAAAAAUGAAAUUUUUAGAAUACAUGCUAGGUCGAACUCCUGCUUUUGGGCAACUAUCGAAACACGUUGUUCAACUCGUUGAUCCAUUAUAUCAAAUGCUUGGAUGGGAAGAAAAAGAUAAAAGUGAUGCCGCUCUCAUAAGCAGACGUAACAUGAAGUUGACAAUUGGUUCGUCUUGUUAUUAUGGAAAUGAAGAUUGCAUCAUUCGAGCUAAGGCUUUAUUCAAGCAAUGGAUGCAAAAUCCGGAAAACAACAGCAUAAUCAGCAGUACCUAUCGCGAUGACGUAUACUGUGCAGCGAUCCGUAACGGAGGAGUCGAAGAAUGGAAUUUUGCAUGGCGGCGUCAUGGCGAAUCAACAAAUGCACAGGAGCAAAAAAGCUUGCGGUACGGAAUGUCAUGUAGUAAAGAACCCUGGAUUCUAACACGAUAUAUGAAAUACUGUGUUGACCCCACUGUCAUCAGAAGACAAGAUACUUUCAAAAGUUGUAUGAAUUAUAUUGGAGGGGAAGAUUACGGAAGAGAUUUAGCAUGGGGUUUCUUGGUGGAAAACUGGGAUGCUCUUGUUGAUGUGCAUGGUGGUUCUUGGCGUUUUUCGAGAUUGAUUUAUUCAAUUUCUAAUCGACUUUCGACAGAAUAUGAUUUACAGUUGCUGGAGAAUUUCAGAAACGGGAAGAAUAAACUGGGACCAGCUUAUCGGUAUAUUAAUCGAGCAAUAGAAAGAACAAAACUAAACAUAGCUUGGAGAGCAAUCAACGAAGAAAAAAUUACUGCUUGGCUGACUACUAACGUUUCAUGAUUUAAAAAAAAAAACUAGCUGGGAUUAUAUAAAAACUCUUUACAGUAUAAUUUGAGAUACUUUUUAAUUUGUGAAUAAUAAAUAUGCACUAGAAUGAAUAGGAAUUUUGUUUAUUUUGC